CUUCAUCUUCGCUGUACAAACACUGAAACAGUCACCUCCAUCGACUCUUUUUGACCACUCCACGUCGUCACUUUUCACCACACGUCACUCUUCUCAAGAUGCAGCUCCGUCUCACUUUCGUGGCCGUCGUUGCCGCCUUCGCACUCGCCUCUCUCUCUCAAGCCGAGGAGGCCAAGCCCGAAGCCACUGACCUGGUCUCUGCCGUCAAGAACGAGGUCGACGAAUUUGGCAACGUCUUCUCCAUCAUCAACGACGGUGCUGACGAGGAUGGCGACGAGGAGGAUGAGGCGGAGAAGAACUACGUCGAGAAGAAGGUGCACAACAAGCAGAGCGAGACUGCCGAGGAGCAAAACGCUCAACCAGAGUCUCGUUCGCCCAAGAAGCACCACAAGAAGAACCACCACAGGGCUGGAAAGAGAAAGGGAAAGAAGCACUACACCACUGCUGCUCCCGACACUGGUGCCAAGCGUCUCUCUAGCAGUGUCCAGAUCACCUGGUACUCCAAGAACGACCUCAAGAACCCCGCUUGCGGCAACGGCUCUUGGAACCCUACUCCUAGCUCCCACAUUGGUGCCGUCAUGGCCACUUGGCACUCUAGUGGCGGCCCCAAGUGCGGAGAAUUUGUUCAGCUCUGCAACAAGAACUCUGGCAACAAGUGCCUGAAGGUCCGUGUCGUUGACUACUGCGCUGGCUGCCCCACCGACGCCAUCGACUUGACCAAGAGCGCCUUCAAGAAGCUCUCCCCAAGCGGAGGUCUCGACGAGGGCCGUAUUCACGGUCUGCAGAUGUACUACUCUGGCAAGCCCAACCCCUUCAACACUGACCUCUUCGGUCCUUUCCGUCUCCACAAGUAAGAAGCGCGGUCACGUCGCUCUGAAGGCCUUGCCACCCCCGAUCCAGCCUGUCGCACUUCUCGUCACGAAUCGAGCUCUUCGAUAAACUUCCGCAUUCACAGUCCCAUCAAACAAGACUGCUUACCGUCGCACUCAUAACCCUCAACAACACCACUCAUGCGCACGCAAAUGGACCCUACCACUCUUCAUCCAUAUCAACGCCCAUCAAAGACCGCUUCUUUCCGCACAUCCCUCCCCCCUUUCCGUGUCCAUGGUUGUGCUUUCCAUAUAGCCCUCUCUUCUGUUUUGCCCUUCCCCAUCGAAUUCAGCUUCUAUAUAGGGUUUCGCUUUGUACGCGCCGAGCUGCGCUCGCGCCAACACACCUUAAUACAACCAGUGUUCGAUUGCAAGCGACAGUCGAGCUUUGCGGCGGUGAUCCA